CCGUUUCUUAAGGCAUCAGCAUCAUCGUCAACUUCUUCUGUGGCAUCCCAUCGCCAUCGGCUAUCCCCUUUGCUCUCCCCUUCUUAUAGACGGCCAACGGGGGACCCUCGGCAGAGGCUCCAGUGCACUGACUGUGUCGCAAAGCCAUCGUUAGCGGUUACGUCAAAGCGACGCUCACGAUAGCACAAGCAUCAUGACCUCAGGCCAGGCCUCCCAGAGCGACUCGGCUCGUCCAGCGUCGCCGGCCGGCAGCUUCUACGCCAUGAGCGACGAUGAAGAGGGCGGCUACGAGACCAUCACACACACGCAGUCCGGCAGAGGAGUCAAGCUGCUCUUCUCCAAGAGCAAGGCUAACAGACUUGCUCAGGUCUACGUCCAUCCGACGCCGUCUGCAAAGGACAACAUACCCGGCUACAUAGCCCUGCUGCAGCAAAGGAGCACAAGGCGGGAUCGCCCACCCACGGCGUCUUCGACCAAUAAAUCCAAUAGAAUUGCGUCUUCAGACCUGCUUCUUGCUUGGGUUCCCGAAGCAUCACUCGGCGACUCGGCUAGCAUCUACGUCAGGGUCGACCUCUCCGAUGCCGACUCCCCUCCCAAGCAGUCAUAUCUUGUCCCUCCGCCUCCUACAGUGACCAGCCACAGCAGCUCGGUUGGCGGCUACGCAUUUGCCAUUCCCGUUAGUGCCAUCUACUCUCUGCUGGUCCGGCCGCCGAGUCUGGGCUGGUGGUAUGGCUCCAUCAUCAUCAACUCUCGAGGGGGGGACAGCUUCCCUGCGCUCUUCUUCCAUGAUGACGAGUGUCAAAGCACCAUUCUUCAGAAAAAGAAGCUGGCUCGAGACAACUUUGACCCGUUUGGAGACAAGGGCCAGAUGUUCUGGGGCGCAGAUGAAGUCCUGCGAUGGCUGAGGAGGUACGUCAAGAUCGAGAGGUCGGGGGCAGAGCCCAACAUCUAUCUCAUUGAGCCGAGCAAGGAGGACUUGGAAAGCUUUGGCGCUAGGACGUCGACAAACAAAGCGAAGGGGAAAGCCAAGGCGGGAGGCUCCAACGCCAAAGAUGCCCAGAUGGACCCCUUCAUGAAGUUUGUCAAAGAGACUGGGUGGAAUCUCAUGGAAAAGUUUAGCAAAGUGACUACCUUGACUAGGAGGGCAGCGCACGACCUGUCAGAAAAUCCCAGCCUGCCCCCUCAGGUACGCAGGUUGCUCAGGAACCCAGAGGUUCAGACGCUUCAAGAUGAGUUUGACAGCGCCAGGAUAUACCUUGCCAGGUGGGCCAUGGGCAUGGCUGAGCAGAGUGAGCGGGACCACCGGCAAAGAAUCUGGACCGUUCGAGAUGUCAUGGAGCUUGAAGAUACUGGCGUCGGAGAAUUCGAGCUUCUCGAGGGAACAAGCUCCCUUUUGGCAGAGGAGAGGAAGCAGCCAGUCACAAUAGAGGAGUGGGAUGCCUUCUUUGAUCCCGAGACCGGGAGGUUGUCCAUUGCGGUGGAUGAAGUCAAAGAGCGCAUCUUCCAUGGCGGACUGGAUCCCGAUGACGGGGUUCGAAAGGAAGCCUGGCUGUUCUUGUUGGGCGUGUACGACUGGUACAGCACCAUCGACGAGAGAAAGGCCACCAUCGCCUCCUUGAGGGAUCAGUAUUACAAGCUCAAGCAGUCCUGGUGGAACCGACUGGAGGGAGACGGGGGAGAAGGUGAAGACGGCGAGUGGUGGCGCGAGCAGCGUGGGCGCAUCGAGAAGGACGUUCACCGUACAGAUCGAAAUGUCCCCAUCUUCCACGGCGAAGAUACUCCUCAUCCGGAUCCCAACUCGCCCUUUGCCGAAGUGGGCACCAAUGUCCAUCUUGAGCAGAUGAAGGAGAUGCUGCUGACGUACAAUGAAUACAACAAGGAUCUUGGCUACGUCCAAGGCAUGUCGGACCUUUUGGCGCCCAUCUACGCCGUGGUUCAGGACGACGCGGUGGCUUUCUGGGCGUUCCAGAUGUUCAUGGAGCGAAUGGAGCGCAACUUUUUGCGCGACCAGUCCGGUAUGAGAGGCCAGCUGUUGGCCCUGGACCAGCUCGUUCACUUCAUGGAUCCCAAGCUGUGGGAUCAUCUGCAGAGCACCGACAGCACCAACUUCUUCUUCUUCUUCCGCAUGAUCCUGGUCUGGUACAAGCGCGAGUUUGACUGGCCGGACGUGCUCAAGCUCUGGGAGUGCCUGUGGACGGACUACUGCAGCUCCAGCUUUCACCUCUUUAUUGCCCUGGCCAUUCUCGAGAAGCACAGAGACGUCAUCAUGACCCAUCUCAAGGCGUUUGAUGAAGUGCUGAAAUAUGUGAAUGAGCUUUCAGGUACCAUUGACCUCGACUCAACCAUCAUUCGAGCCGAGGCCCUCUUCCGCCGUUUCCAGCGGCUCGUCGAAGCAGUCGACAAGAGGAACAACUUCCCGCCUCCCCGAACCGACAGCCCAGCCCAGCCCAACGCCAGCGACAAAGGCAAAGCGAGCACAGCAGCGUCGCCCAAGCACGAACGCGUGAUUACCCCCGAGCUGCGAAAGCUACUUAGCCGCAAGGUAGAGACGCUGGAUAGGAAGCCGCCAAAGGUAGCCCUGAAGGCCGAUGGAUCGACUGACUCAAAAUGAUUGAAUGAAGGCGUUUCUUUACGAAAACGAGCCUUGUAUUUCUACUUCAUUUAUGCGUCUUAUUGGAUAGUACCUCUUUUUGCUGAUAUUCGUUGUUACUUUUUCUCUUUGGGUGUCGGAUAUUGAUGAUCAUGGGAAGCUUCAUGGGAGCGGGGCGUUGUUUU